UCUCUUCUAGCUGAUUUCAAUCCUCGUUCCAAGAGAAGAGCAAUAAUAUUAUACGGUGUUGCCUUGGCUUAAAUGGUCAAUGACAUGCCUUAAUGUGAUUGGAGCAUCGCUAAAUUCUUCCUUUAUGCAGGUACCUGGCAACCUUGUUGAAGAUAUAAGACCGAGGAAAAUAUAUAGAAUGGGUGAACUGACUGUAGAGCAUUCUGAGGAUCAGAAAUUUGAGUCGAAGAAGUUGGAGACCUUGGAGACCAUCAUAUGUGAAGAUAAAAAUAGCGAGAUAGCUGAUGUUGGAAAAGUGAAUGAUUUUCUAGAGAAGGGAUGCUCACUCUUUGGAUGUUCACAUUAUCGGCGGAGGUGCCGCAUCAGAGCUCCGUGUUGUAAUGAAAUCUACGAUUGUCGCCAUUGUCAUAAUGAGGCAAAUAAUAGUAUCAAUGUGGACCAGAAAGAUAGACAUGACAUGCCACGCCAUGAAGUCAGUCAGGUGAUCUGUUCCCUUUGUGGCACUGAACAACAGGUCCAGCAGUUCUGUAUAAACUGUGGUGUGUGCAUGGGGAAAUACUUCUGUGCAACAUGCAAGUUGUUUGAUGAUGAUACGUCUAAAAAGCAAUACCACUGCAGUGGAUGUGGAAUAUGCAGAAUUGGAGGGAGUGAAAAUUACUUUCACUGCUACAAGUGCGGUUGCUGUUACUCUAUUUUGCUCAAGAAUAGCCACCCUUGUAUAGAAGGAGCAAUGCAUCAUGAUUGCCCUGUCUGUUUUGAGUAUUUAUUCGACUCAAGGAAUGAUGUGACUGUUAUGCCAUGUGGACACACGAUUCACCAGAACUGCUUAAAGGAGAUGAGAGAUCAUUUUCAAUAUGCUUGCCCCCUUUGUUCAAAGUCCGUUUGUGAUAUGUCCAAGGUCUGGGAGAAAUUCGAUUCGGAGAUUGCUGCAACACCGAUGCCAGAGCAGUACCAGAAUAAGAUGGUGUGGAUUCUUUGCAACGACUGUGGGAAAACCUCUGAGGUGCAAUUCCAUGUAGUGGCUCAGAAGUGCUUGAACUGCAAGUCCUACAAUACUCGCCAGACGAGAAGCUGAGAUUGCUUGCAAGGAGUCCCAACAUCGACUCGAUGAAUCAUGGCUUUGUCCAAGUCCAAUGUGCUUGUUGGUGGUUUCCAUUUUCUCCUCAACAUCCUUACUUGAAAUGAGUUCAUGGUAAUUGCAUCGAGCGAGUAGCACUUCCGCUGCGAUUUGUACCUUUUCGAAUGAGCUGGCAUCCGGGGCUAUGGCAGAUUGCCUAUCGGAUGUCUAUUUGGGCUUUCAGUGGUAGCUGAAGGUAAAUCCUGUUUCGAUGGGCUGCAUUUGAUGUGGGGUUUCCCCAAAAGAUAGUUCUUUGUAUGGAUCGACUGGUCAAUGUUGACUAUUCUUUCAAUGGUCAUUCAUAAUUCCAUUUGCGGGUCCCUA